AUGGAGAAGCUACCUAUCCAUACUGCGGAGACCCGGGAGGUCGACGACUCGGCCACAACGCGGUCGCCCCCUCGCCAGGCGGUCUUCUUAAGGCGUCUCAUUAUUGGCCUUUGCCUCAUCGUCGGAUAUUACAUCGUCAGCCGCGCCCCCGCCAACACACUGCGUGUUUUCGCACCCUGCCGCCAUCAUAAAUCCCCGGAAGCGGUCUCCUUCGAGGGAGGUUACGGCUUUGAUCUCGCUCAUGACCUGGGAAUGUCACCCGAGAGUGCUCGGCACUCUACAGGCGCGUCCGAUGACUCAAAAAAGGUCCCCUUUGAGGCCCACAUCAUGAGCAAAUGCCCAGAUGCCCAGGCCUGCCUGCGCCAGCUUGUGAUUCCUACUAUGGAGCAAGUCUACGACAAAGUAGACUUCCAGCUUUCUUUUAUUGCAAAUGUCUCCAAAGAAAGCCACGAAAUCGAGUGCAUGCAUGGUCCAGGCGAAUGCAUCGGAAACAUGCUGAUGCUCUGCGCAGCCAACCUCCCUUUUCCGCCCACAAGCGACCAAUCUUUGCUUCCUCAGUCGUACCCCCGUACCCCCAUCGUGCGGUCCCUCGGCUUUGCAAACUGCCUUACUACGGAUUACCAGCGUAUCCCUGACCGCAACUUUGUUCAGAAUUGCGCAUUGGAGCACGGUAUUGACUUUGAGGCCUUGAACACUUGCGCUAGCCAACAAGAUGAUAAUACUGGGGGCGGCCUGGCACUUCUCCGACAGAGUGCCCUUCGCGGAGAGGAGCUUGGAGUCAAGACCAGCUGUACCAUUAGAGUGAAUGAGACUGUCUGGUGCGUCCACGACAAUAACCAGUGGAAAGACUGUGCAAAGAAUGGCGACAACCCGAAGGUUUUGGCUGAGGAGAUUAGGCGUCUCUGGAAGGAGAAUAACGACGGUCGUUGA